CUUAAGGCGGCUGCGCUGGUCUUUGAUUAUUGCAGUUGGUCUCAAUUCUCAAUAUUUCUGUGUUGUGACUAAAUUUUGUCUUUUCUUAAUAGUUACAAUACGUAUAAUUAAAAUUUAAAUAAACAUUUUCCGAUAAACCUUGUAGGGUUUAAAUUUUGAAGAGUGAAUUGACCGUAGAGAACAAUGUCAGAAAACGAGAAUAAGAAAUUAUCUGAAUUGAGAGUUGUUGAUUUGAAAGCCGAAUUAGAGAAGAGAAAUUUAGACAAAAAUGGCGUCAAGCAAGUUUUGAUGGAUAGAUUAUCAAAGGCUCUGACUGACGAAGGUUUAGACCCAGAAACUUAUAUUUUUGAAACUAGCCCUGAAAAGAAGAGAGCAUCUGUUCGUUUAUCAACAGAGAGUGGAGAAGAGGAGAAGAUGGAAAAAGCUGAAGAUUUAAAAGAAGAUACCAUGAAUAAUGGAGUAGCUGGUGAACAGAAACCUGCCAAGAAAGCUGAUGCCCCUGCUAAAAAAUCUUUAGAAGAAACUGAUGGACAUGAAUCACCAAUUCGUCUUACUUUAGAAGAUGAUGAAGCUAUAAAUGAAGUUGAGAAAGAAACUUCAGAAAAGCCCAAGGAAAAUGAAGAAAAAUUAGGAGAUAAGAAGACGGAUACAAGUGAAUCGACAGUUCCUGAGCAAACAGACAAAACAGCAGUAUCCAAUGGAGAAUCUAAAGGAGAGAAAACUGGAGGGGACAAUUCUAGCCCUAAAGCGGGAGACAAUAAGUUACAGAAGAAAGUUGGCGUUAAGUCGAAUCCUAACGUUGUGUGGAUAAGUAACGUGGCUCAGAAUACCAGAGCAAGUGAGCUGAAAGCUGCUUUGUCUGCAUGCGGAAAAGUCACGGGUGCUAAGAUUGUUGUCAAUGCGAGAUUUCCUGGAUCUUGUUGUUUUGGCUAUGUGACAAUGAGCUCCAUAGAAGAUGUUGACAAUGUUAUUACCAAGCUGAAUAACACUGAAUUGAAAGGCCAGAUAAUCAAAAUAGAGAAGUUCGAUUUAGUAAGGGCGGAGCAAAUGAAGCAAUUAAGAGAUCAGCAAAACAAGCAGGCUGCUUUGAAGGAUGUGUCCAAGUCUCCAAGAUUACGAUCAAUAUCUAGGAGCAAAGAUGACAAGUCAGAUGAUAAGAAGGAGGAGAAAAAAGCUGGAGAAUCUAAGGAAGGUGAAGAUGUAAAGGACAAAUCUGUUGAUGGUGGCGACAAGGAUGCCAAGAAAGAUGAUUCUAAGAAUGAAAAGGGAGACAGAAAACCAUCUAAAGAUAGAACAGUAUCUAAAGACAGAAGCAGGAAGGGAUCUAGAGAAAGGGAUAGACGUGCACCACGCCCACAUUCCAAAGGUCGUUCUAAUGUUCUAACAUUUGACAAAAUUCGUGAGGAGCGUGAAAGGCAAAGAAUCCGCGAGAAGGAACGCUUGCUCCGCGAAGAAAUCCGGCGCCGUCACGAAGAAGCCUCUCGUCAACGCGACGUUGAAAAACGUCAACGCAUAGAAGCCCAUCGUCUUGAACGCGAAAAGGAAAAGCUCCGAAUGGAACGAGAGAAGAUUGAACGCGAAAAGGCGGAGCUCGUUCGAAUGGAACGCGAAAGACAGAGAUUGGAAAGAGAGAAGAUCGCCCUGGAAAAGUUGGAGUUGGAAAGAACGUUGAUAAGGUUGGAUGAGGAAAGAAGAGCUGCUAAAAGACCUGCGACGUACAGGAGAGACGAUUUUGAAGACAGGAAAAGGUCUGCGCCUGACAGACAUUUCAACGAACCUCCACCACCACCAAGUCUAAAGCCCAGAGAACCAAGUCCUAAAAAAUUCCCCAGCUCCAAAGACUCGUACGGAAAGCAAAGGCCGCCUUUUGAUUCCAAACGUGAUUCUAGCUACGGAGAUAAACGAAGUGGACGUGACUAUGGCGCAAACCGGCCUUCUCCAAUUGGUAGACCCGGUGCUGGAAGCGCCUCAAGUGGCAACAAGUAUGAAGGUAGGCCCUCCUACGACAACAGAGAUUCCAGAGGAGAUAUCAGAGGGCGAGAUGCACCUUCUAGUAGACCAAAGGAUGUUAGGUAUGAAGAUAGAGAAAGGGGGCGCGAAAGGAGCCCGCAUUUCAGGGGCGGAAGGGACGAUAGAAGACCUAUGACUGAUGGUAAACCUGUUGUACCCAUGUCUUCUAGAGAUUCUGGCCCGAGAAGCUUCGAUGGCAGGCCAAAUAGUAGUGGCUGGGUUAAUCAAGUACAGAAACCUUUUGGAGCUAGUGCUGCACCAAAGUUCCUUGAAAAGGAUGCUUGGAGGAAUUCCGGUCCAGAAAGGACGAAAAAGCGCUUACCCAGCCUAGUGGGAAAGUAUAAUCCUUCACCUUUUUGAAUAAUUUCACCUGAUGUGGUAAAGAACCGUCAGACUGUAAAUACAUCACUCUUUAGUUUUAAAUCAAGUUUUUGGAUAUCUGUACAUUAUUUAAUCAUAAUGAAGAUUUUGUUCCUCAUAAAUAGGUAAGGAUUCAUGAGUUUUAAAAUCAGUAUUCUACUUGAAUUAUUAUUACACAACAACAAAAAAACUUGGGUGAAUCUUAUUAAAAACAGAUAUAAAUUAUUUAAUAAAUUGUGGUUGUGUUUAAUAAGAGGUGGGAUUUUUUAGGUGGCCACCUCAACCAUCAUCUGCAAGACCUUUUUCUACCAAUGCUAAUCUAGGACCAGUAUGCCCACCACCUCCUGGCAUAAACAGUUAUCCUGAUACUAGAUUUAAUUCGGGAAUUAGAAAGUAUUAAUUUCCUUUGUGUUAUUGUGGUUAUAAUAGACUUUCUCUUUACAGUUAAUUAGGUUAUUUCCAUCUAUUUUAUCAAUUUAAUAUCGGCAUGGCAUUGAAAUCCUUCAAUGGUUGUUAUUUUAGAGAGAAACCAAUUGAUUGUGUAUAAAGGUUAUAUUUUUAAAUGGUUUUGGUCACAAAAAGUUUAUAUAUGCGUAUAGGGUGGAUUUAAUAUCUACCUAACCUGCAGUUCGAAUUGUUCUCUCUAAAAUGCAUCACAUCUCCUAUGUAGCCAUUUUUUUCCUAAUGUUCAUCACUUAAUUAUAAGGGAUCAGUGUUUAUACAGAAUUGUCAUUAUGUAUGUAUUUACAUAAUAUAUUUAUAGUUGUCUAAAUCGGUUGACUGUAGAUGAAUGUAUUUGGAUGCUUUGCAUUGCGUUUAACAUAAAACUUUGUAGAUGUCCAUUUUAUAAAAUAAAAUAAUUACAUGCACAGAUUUUUUUAUAAUUUCUCAAAUAGUAUAGCAGUGAAAGUAUUAAAUAAGCUUUCUCACUCCAAGGUAAGUAUAUUACUGUAUAAAAUGAAUUCAUUUACAAAAAUGGUCUUGAAUGUUACUGUAAAGUUUACUAAUUGAUUUUUAUAAAUUCAUGAGUGUAGUUACAAUUUUAUGUUCAGACAAAAGUUAUUUUUAAAUAUUUUGUUAAAGCAGGUAUUGUUUUUAUUAUUUUCAUAGAAAAUGGUUGGGACAGGGAUUGAAAUAAAUCUUUAGAUAUUAUAAUGAUUAAAAAUAUGAUGAUUUAGUCUAUCAAAACUACAUAAAAAAAGCUGCUCUCGUG